AUACACAUACAGUGACUUGGCUUAGCUUAGCUAACUGUAGCUACCGUCCACAAUCUCUCCCUCCUUACAACUGUUCGUCACAUUUUUCUUCGAACCAUCUUUUCGGCCGAAGUAGGGCUGAGCUUGGCUUUCCCACUCUGUUCACUUUUUGUUCCUUUUUUCUCUUUUUAAAAAUAUAUAAUACCCUUUACCCCAGUACUGAUCUCCUUCAUCAUCUGCCACUGGCUGCGCUGCUGCUCUGCAAAGAGAGAGAGAGAGAGAAUGGGACACCACUCCUGCUGCAACAAACAGAAGGUUAAGAGAGGACUAUGGUCGCCAGAGGAGGAUGAGAAACUAAUCAAUUACAUUUCCACCUAUGGACAUGGUUGCUGGAGUUCUGUUCCCAAGCUUGCAGGCCUGCAGAGAUGCGGAAAGAGCUGCAGGCUAAGAUGGAUAAAUUACCUCAGACCAGACUUAAAACGUGGGAGCUUCUCUCCCCAAGAGGCAGCUCUCAUCAUUGAACUCCAUAGAAUUCUAGGCAACAGGUGGGCUCAGAUAGCCAAGUACCUACCAGGAAGAACAGAUAAUGAGGUGAAGAAUUUUUGGAACUCAAGCAUAAAGAAGAAGCUCAUCUCUCAUGGCAUUUCCGAGCUUUCCUCCUUCCCCAACCCCAACCCAGACUCCAUUAACGAACCAUUCUGCUCAAUCAACCCAAGCCCCACUCUCAUACUCACCCCACAUCAUCAUGAUCAGCCUAACCCACAAGAUCAUCUCCACCUCCCCACUCCGCUCUCAAUCCUCCAAACCAGCUUUCAGCAUCCUACUGAUCAAACCCUAAAAUCAGAUCAGAUCAACUGCACCGUCGAUCUAGGCCCUCCGAUCGCGCUCCCACCGGACCCGUCGCCCUUCGACCCGUCCCCAUGGCCCCCACUGGGAUACCAACUUCAGCUGCACCCCCAUGAUCUCAACCAAGAUGAUCAUAUCUUUCAAACCCUUGUUGCAGCUUCCAACUUCACUGACGAACUUAUCAGUCUGGGGGGCAUCCCGACAGCGCCUUCGGCGGGUGCCUCCAUGCCAAAACUUUGCGAGAUCAUCGACGGCACCGAGUGCGCAAAUCCAUCUACAUCAAUAUCGGACAAAGUGCUGGUCCCUUGCUUCCAGCUGCAGGCGGCGGCGGCGGAGGAGGAGGCGCAACCGUCUUACGUCCACGAUUUGCACACGGCAUCGACGAUGACGAGCAAUCAGAUGGAGUACAUUGACGCGUUGAUCAUGUCGUCGUUUCCGUCGUCGUCACCGUCUUCAUGCAGCCAGCUCGUGAACCCUAAUCUUCCCCCUGCAAGCUGGGACUUCUAGAGAGAGACAUGCGUAGCUAGCUAGCUAGCAGCCAGCCAGUAAGCUAGUACUACUGGUAAUUGAAUGGGCAAUUAGUUGAUUAAUAACGCUUGCCUUGUAUGGAUUCAAUACUGAACAUAUCAAUUAAUGCAUUAGUUUGUUUUUAAUUAUUUAAUUAGUAGCAUACAGAAGGGAUAAGGGCAAUUAAUUAAUCAAGGGCAACUGCAUUAAUGGGAAAACAUAAAUGUACGUUGCUAGCUAGUUCAAGUUCAAGCUCUCUUAAUUAUAUAAUGUCUGUGUAGCUAGUAAAUCAGGCACUUUGCUGUUGAUGAAUAAAGAGAAAAAUGUGUAGCUAGGUACUUUGGCAUGUC